CGUGUGGCGGCCAUGGUGGAUCCGCGGCGCCACGCGCCUCGCGGGCGUUCUCCGGGCUGUGGUGUUUCCGCUUUCAAGAUGGUCGUCUAAGCAACCGAAGAGGCUUCCUCCUCCUCCUCCCCCUCGGAGACUCGGCGGCUUUUUUUUUUUUAACUCUGGAAGUGACGCAUUAAGGAACACGACGGAAGUGGGGCUGAAGGCGUUCUGAAAUGGCGAACCGUACUGUGAAGGAUGCGCACAGCAUCCACGGCACCAACCCUCAGUACCUGGUGGAGAAGAUCAUUCGGACGCGAAUCUAUGAGUCCAAGUACUGGAAAGAGGAGUGCUUUGGGCUUACGGCUGAGCUGGUGGUCGAUAAAGCCAUGGAGUUAAGGUUUGUGGGUGGUGUCUAUGGUGGCAACAUAAAACCGACUCCUUUUCUGUGUUUAACCUUGAAGAUGCUUCAAAUUCAACCUGAGAAGGAUAUCAUUGUAGAGUUUAUUAAAAAUGAAGAUUUCAAGUAUGUUCGUAUGUUGGGGGCACUUUACAUGAGGCUGACAGGCACUGCAAUUGAUUGCUACAAGUACUUGGAGCCUUUGUAUAAUGACUAUCGAAAAAUCAAGAGCCAGAACCGAAAUGGGGAGUUUGAACUAAUGCAUGUAGACGAGUUUAUUGAUGAACUGCUGCACAGUGAGAGAGUCUGUGAUAUCAUUCUGCCUCGGCUACAGAAACGCUAUGUACUAGAGGAAGCUGAGCAACUGGAGCCUCGAGUUAGUGCUCUAGAAGAGGACAUGGAUGACGUGGAGUCCAGUGAAGAAGAGGAAGAAGAAGAUGAGAAGUUGGAAAGAGUGCCAUCACCUGAUCACCGCCGGCGAAGCUACCGAGAUUUAGACAAGCCCCGUCGCUCUCCUACACUGCGCUACAGGAGGAGUAGGAGUCGGUCACCCAGAAGGCGGAGUCGAUCUCCAAAACGGAGAAGCCCAUCCCCUCGUAGAGAAAGGCAUCGUAGCAAGAGCCCCAGACGUCACCGCAGCAGGUCUAGAGAUCGACGGCACAGAUCCCGCUCCAAAUCCCCAGGUCAUCACCGCAGUCACAGACACAGGAGCCACUCAAAGUCUCCUGAAAGAUCUAAGAAAAGCCACAAGAAGAGCCGGAGAGGGAAUGAGUAAUGGAUUCAAUUUGGUUUUAGUCCAAAUGGCCUCCUCUGUAUAUGAGGGCAUCUGUCUACGUGGAAGGAUUAAGACCUGCUCCCCCAGGCAGCUAUGAGAAUAUUUUGGUCUUUUCUUAUCAAGUUUCUCCACUCUUUUUUUUUUUUUUUUU